UUAGCCAUAACAAACAAUUUAUUUUUAAGCAAAAAUUCGUAAACACCGUAUUUGUUUUGAAUAUUUAUUUUAUUAAAUACAGUUAUUGGCGCUCAAAUAGAAUAAAUACACGCCAGAAAAAGACGAAAAAAUUAAUAAAAUUCAGUUACUAAAGUAUAAUGGAAAGUUAUAAUUUCGAAAUAAUAAAAUAAAAGCUUAAUUACUAAUAAUUUUAAGCUAAUAAAACAAAAGUUCGAUUUUAAGCGUAACAAAGGAACAUAACUUUAUUCGUUGAUUAAAGUUAAUAACAUACAUUGUUAAAUACUUGGUUAAUUACUCGGACUUGAAAUAUCUUAAAAAUGGAGGAAAAGACAAACGACACACCAAUAUUCAUAGAAGUAAAUGAGAAUUUAAACAACGAUGACAUUGAGUACACGACAGUUGCAUCUAAACGCAUUCAGUGCCCCGAGUGUAACCGAUACACGGCGGAAAAUGAGGAGCAACUGAUUCGACACAUUAGAAAAAUACACAGAGGUGAAAAUCCGUUUCAAUGCUCCAUGUGUGACUACAGCACAUGUAACAAGGUUCUCUUCGAAGAGCAUGUCCGGAUACAUCAAGGUAUAAAGCCGUACAAGUGUUCGUUCUGCCCCCACACGAACGUGUCCAAGAAGAAUUUGAAGAAGCACGAGCUAAUCCAUCGGCCAGAUAACCCAUUGAAAUGCCCCAGUUGCACGUACAUCGCGAAACACAGACGGGGGCUAGCGUGUCACAAGAAGAAGUGUAACGUCACAGACGAAAACGUCACGAAAUGCGUGACUUGUGAUAAGAUAUUUGAUGAUAAAGAUGCGUUGACCUUGCACAAGAAGACUCAGAAGAAAUGCGAUCAAUGUAACCACAAGACUUGUACGAAAACACUGUUGACGGUUCACAAGAUUAUGGAGCACGGGAAACCAGAUAAGAGGUACAAGAAGGCGAAGAGCGACACGUUCAAGUGCACCCUCUGUGAUUGGUCGUCGAACAGCAAGCCCAGGAUUCUCUUGCAUCUGAUCCAUCAUCCAAAUCAGGUGGUUAAUGAAGAUGUCAUUGACAUUACCAUAUUAAGAACACAUGGUAUUAUGGUGUAACCUUGAUAGUUAUUUAUAUUUAAAUGUUUAAGUUUACUGGUGGUCGAGCUUUGUGCAAGCUAGCCUGGGUAGGUACCAACAACUCAUCAGAUAUAUUACCGCAAAACAGCAGUAUACCAAGUAUAUAAUUACAGGCACAAGGGACAUAACAUCUUAGUUCCCAAUGUUAACAUUUCUUACAAUGCCAAUGUAAUGGGCGUUGGUGACCACUUACCAUCAGGUGGCCCAUAUGCUUGUCCGCCUUCCUAUUCUAUAAAAAAAGUUUAUCUGUAAUAAAAGUAUUAU